ACGACGGUCGAUUUAUCUUUUUCUUUAUCGCUCGCACACUAACGAGAAUGCUGCCGGUGAAGUAAAUGCGGGGGGUGAGUUGCAUAUGAAGUUCCAUCGUAUGACAGCACAUCACAGUGUACAAGCGAGCCCUUCCCACUGAUUGUCCUCCAAUCAGUUCGUGAUCGCUUCGUUCGCAGAGCGGAUCGUGCGCCUGUACUCAUAGUACGCACCUAGAAAGCUUACGGGUCAGUCGUACAGACGUAAGCGGUUCGUAAUCUACACUGAAUUCAGGCGGCUUCCUCGUAUCAAUUUGGUUGAACAGAAGACCACCACAGAAGACAUCGCUUCUAAGAGCAUAUUCUGCGUAGGUGAUAGUGAAAGUGAUUGAGAAGAAAAGUGAUCUUCGACGUGUAUAAAUGGAGAUGAAAACUAUCGUCAAAAAACGCACUGUAGCUGAAGAUACGGAAAGGGAGAAUGGAAGUGAGGAUUGCGAAACACCUACUGGGUUAAACAUUCGCGACGAAACGGAGAAUGGUGCGGAAACGGUGGCCCAAGGCACAUUGAAACCAGGUUCGCCAAUACGUCCUUUGGUUAGUGAAGAGGAGGUGCGGAAACUGGCAGAACGGCUUUAUGGAAUCAUAGUACUAGAAAUGUGUGAGCUCGAUUCAUAUGAUGACCGUAAUUUCAUGAUCCAUGCAGAUAGCUUUGUGAAGAAUCCCAUCUUAAAAUCAGUCAGUACCAAUGGUUACGUGAUGAAGAUAGCGAACUCGCUCGAUUCCAGCGAUGAAUCUUUCUUCUAUGCGCAGAAUGAGAUCAUGCUGCAUCUGAACAAGCGUGGCAUCAAAUGUCCAGUCCCGAUGCAGAAUAUUUACGGCAAAUACCAUUCGGUUGAGAAAUUGGGACAAUUGAAUCAUGUCGUUCGGUUGUUAGAAUACAUACCCGGGAAGGUAUUCCACGGCGUUCCUCAUCCAGACAAAUUGUUUUAUCAAGCAGGGCAGUUUAUUGCAAGGAUUGAUUCAGCAUUAAAGUCGAUCGAUAAGGAAAUGGUUGUUAAACGGCAGUCUAUUUGGAUGAUGGAAAAUUUUCCCAAAUUAAAGGAUUUUCUAUAUGUCAUCAAAGAUGAGCACCAUAAAGAUAUAGUCGAACAAGUACUAGAUGCUUUUCAACGUCGUGUGAUUCCUAACAUAAAUGAAUACGAACAGGGUGUUAUAUACGGAGAUUUCAACGAGCAUAACAUUAUUGUGAAUAAGAAAUCAUCCAACGUUAAGGAAUAUGAAAUAACUGGCAUUAUCGAUUUUGGUGAUGUGUGCUAUUCACGGUACGUGUUCGAGCUGGCGAUUGCAAUGGCCUACAUGAUUUUGGAAGCAAAUGAUAUAAACACUGGUGGUUUGGUAAUAGCUGGCUACAGCAUGAUUCGUCUGAUUCCUUUGCAUGAAAAAGAAAUUCUUAGGGUUGCAAUCGCAGCGCGCCUAUGCCAAAGCCUCGUUAUGGGACUCUACACGGCUACUGUCGAUGCAAGCAAUCAAUAUAUCCUUUCCUCCCAAACUCGUGGAUGGAACGUGUUGGAAGCUCUUUGGGCUGAGAGUGAUAAGGACCUUUUGGAGCGAUGGAAUUCAAUUGCCGAAGAAUAUUUAACACGUAGCUCGUGAAUAGUGAUAAUCAUGUUAUUGAAGGUUUGAGUCAAUUUUUACUCAAUUUUUAGCUUUAGUAUACACAGCAAUAGUUUCAAAACAUGUUUUAGGAUGCAACAAAUCUAAAACAUUCAAGUAGCAGAAAAAGUAGCGAAAAAAUCAAUUUUUAAUGUAAAAUGCUGAUGCUUUUUAUAGAAUUUGUGAGCUUAAAAUACGUAAUAAAUUUAUUGCCGGCAUGAUUUUGUCCAAUUUCCAAAACAUGUUCAAAAGUGUCAAACGAUUAA